AGGAAGAGAAAUUUUGUCUUCGCUUUGGCUUCGAAUCCGAUCCCAGGCGAUUGCUUCGAUUUCUUCUGCCUCGACGCCCCCCCUACUGGAGAGACGCGGCACUGCUGAUUUCGCCUGAGGGUGCUCCUUUCUCUCCUCGCGCCGAACGAAGCUUCGCUGCGGCGAGAUGGCGGCGACCGACGGCGACGGGAUGGUUCCGUUGGCGGUGCUGCUGAGGCGGGAGAUGUCUUGGGAGCGAAUCGAGAAUCCGGACAUCAUCUACGGUGAGGCGAGCGAGAGCAAGAAGGGGGAGGACUUCACACUCGUCAUGACUGAGUGCCAGCGAGUUCCCCGGCGGCCCGACACCACAUUCUCAGUCUUUGCGCUUUUUGAUGGGCAUAAUGGCUCUGCAGCUGCUAUAUACUCCAAAGAGAAUCUCUUGAACAAUGUCUUAAGUUCCAUUCCUUCAGAAUUUAGCAGGAAUGAGUGGGUUCAAGCAUUACCAAGAGCUUUGGUUGCAGGAUUUAUCAAGACUGAUAAGGAUUUCAAAGAAAUGGCCAGGGUUUCUGGAACAACUGUAACAUUUGUGAUAAUUGAUAGAUGGGUUGUCACUGUGGCAUCAGUUGGUGACUCGCGCUGUGUACUUGAAUCUGCUGAAGGUUCAGUUUAUUUUUUGUCAACGGACCAUCGUUUGGAAGACAAUGAGGAAGAGGUGGAACGCAUAACAGCUCAUGGUGGAGAAGUUGGAAGAAUGAAUGUUGCUGGUGGGGCUGAGUUUGGCCCCCUUAGGUGCUGGCCAGGUGGCUUGUGCUUGUCAAGAUCAAUUGGUGACCAGGAUGUUGGCGAAUUUAUUCUUCCUAUUCCACAUGUGAAGCAAGUGAAGCUAUCAAAUGCUGGUGGACGUCUUGUGAUUUCAAGUGAUGGUGUCUGGGACGCUUUGUCAGCAGAAAAGGUGCUUAGUUGUUGUCGUGGAUUGCCAGCGGAAGCUGCAGCUUUCAGAAUUGUUAAGGAAGCUGUGCAGCCAAAGGGAAUUCGAGAUGAUACUACAUGCAUCGUUGUCGAUAUAUUACCACCAGAGAAAAUUUCGCCUUCAUUUCCUAAUUUUAAGAGAUCUGGAAAAGGCAUGUUCAAGAGCAUGUUCCGAAGAAGAUCUUCUGAGUCAUCAUUAUUUUCAAAUCGAGAUUACUCUGAAGCAGAUAUGGUAGAAGAAAUCUUUGAAGACGGAUCUCCAGUUCUAGCCCACAGGUUAGAUCCAGAGUAUUCAGCAUGUCCCAUGUUCAGGCCAUUCAACUGUGCUAUUUGCCAACUGGAGAUGAAACCAGGCGAAGGCAUUUCUCUACAUGAUAACUCAACCAAACAUGGAACGAUCAAUCCCUGGGAUGGUCCCUUCCUUUGCGCAGCCUGCAACACCAAGAAGGAAGCCAUGGAAGGAAGAAGAUAAUCUUAAGGAGAUUGUACCUGAAGAUACAAUCACUAAAAGUGUUAUGGUGCAGUGGCAAUCUCUACAUUAUAUAAAAUAGAAGUUGAUGCAUAUUUAGGUUUCUUGUCUGUGCUUUCUUUUUUGUUGAGGUAAAUUCUUUCCCCUUUAUUAUAUUGAUCUUAGGAAAUAUUGUGUUCAUUGAUUGCUACA